AGAAACGUGAACCUCGCUGGUGACUGCGCAUGUGCGGCUUUCGGUUUUGCCAGGUUGCAAGAUGGCGGGCACGAGCUUGGUUGCCGGUGAUGUUGUGGUGGACGCGUUACCGUACUUUGACCAGGGUUAUGAUGCCCAGGGGGUCCGGGAGGCGGCCGCAGCUCUGGUGGAAGAGGAGACCAGAAGAUAUCGCCCAACAAAAAACUACCUGAGUUAUUUACCCACUCCUGACUACUCAGUGUUUGAGACUGAAAUAAUGAGGAACGAGUUUGAAAGACUAUCUGCUCGCCAACCGCUUGAACUUCUCAGCAUGAAAAGAUAUGAAUUACCUGCUCCUUCUUCGGGUCAGAGGAAUGACAUCACAGCAUGGCAGGAGUGUGUCAAUAACUCAAUGGCACAGCUGGAGCACCAGGCAAUUCGAAUUGAGAACCUAGAUAUUAUGUCCCAGCAUGGCUGCAAUGCAUGGAAAGUUUAUAAUGAGAACCUUGUGCGUAUGAUUGAAACUGCACAAAAAGAUCUUCAAAAAUUAAGAAAACGUAUUCAGGAUUUGAACUGGCAGAGAAAAAACUCUCAACUCACAUCGGGUGCCAAAUUGAGAGAAAUGGAGUCAACGUGGGUAUCCCUUGUAAGUAAGAACUAUGAGAUUGAGCGUGCUAUUGUGCAACUAGAAAAUGAGAUCCAGCUACUCAAGCAGAAUGAUGGGGAGAACAAAGAAAAUAUAAAAGACUAUUAAUUGCAUUUUUUUUUUCCCCUCACAUCUGUCCUUUAUUGGAUUUGGUCAAACUGUUUUUGUUGCAGAUAUGUUUUUUUUCAAUCUGAGCUUACCUGCACAUACAUGUUGCAUAUUUCUGUAAUGGGUACAGUUCACAAAUUGUAUUUGGUCUAGUGGUUUUUGUUAUAGAUUUUUCUCCAAUAGUGAACACCUCAGCAAUUUUUUUUUUUUUUUUUUUUCUUUUUCUUAAAAUUAAAACCUGUGCCCAAGACCAAUACAGCACAUGAUGCCGACUAUUAACUUUGCUAGUAAGAAAAUCCCUCCUUUUUGCGGUUUAUACUUUCCUAGUGGGCCCUAAUUUAAAGCAAAACUUCACUCAUACCUUGAUUAAAAAAAUGUUCUUCAGCAAGGAACAUACAUUCCAAAUUAAUAUUUAUGCUACCAAAAUUGGCGUGUUCUGUAAAUUGUCUCAGCAUUGUUACUGUUUCUUCUUGCUGGAGGCUGCCAUUUUUUCUGAAGCCCCUGAGCAGCACUAAAUCUUUAGGCUGCCAGCAGAUCGGCCUCUACAUUUUUGGCAGUGCUACAUAGCAUUAGCUACAUAGAAACAGUAUAAAACGCUGUGUUCCAGCCUGCUGUCAAGACAGAGUUGGGCAAAAGCUGUUCAGACAUUUACAAAAAAGCCUUGUAUUUUAUUAAUAAAUACUAGGCUACCUCUGCCUGCCAGGGGUAGAGAUUGUAGCGUCAUCUGCUUGCCUCUACACUUCAGCCAAUCAGAGGAAGCCUUGUAUUCACUGAUACAAAUACAAGGCUUCCUGUGAAUGGCUGAGCAUUGCUCAGCUUGACUUAAUUUUGUUCCGGUGGCAAACAAAUUCCCUGUACUCCUGCUGCUGUCAUAGUUUAUACAGCACUGACAAAGUGAAAAUAAACCUGGCAUUACAUUUAGGAAAAAAGCCUUGCCACUGCCAUUAUCCUAACCAGAGAGCCCUUAUUGACAACUGAGUCACUCAAAUUGGAGAGGGGAAGUACAAUUGGUGAAGCCUAGUUCUGAAGUUGGGGAAUCGGGCCCUAGUAACAAUGAAACUAGCUUUAACCAUUUGCUGGCUGCCUGCCUGCAAUGUACUGCAGGGGGUGUUGGCAAAGCGACGUUCCUGUACGUUGCCUACUUCUGGGUUUAGGGCGUGCACAUGCGUGCCCGCUUCUGCCCGGCAACCCACUGUAAUUGUACGUAGCGGGAGCCUGUCAGCGAGUCCCAGCCCAUUAUUCACGGCCGGAACCUGCUCAUCUGCUGUGCACAUUCACAGCCCAGAGCUCUGUACAGGUGGAGUGAUCUGUCAGUUUCUCACCCCUGCAAGCAGCACACUUUACACACAUUACACUUUGUUGGGCACACGGGUAACCCUUUGAGCACCCUAGAUUAACCCCUUUCCAUUCAGUGUCAUUAGUACAGUGAUAAUGUGUUAAUGUCACUGGUGAGGUCAGUGGCAGUUCAAAGUCCCCCCGCCAGUUCCGUUAUUGUCAGAUUUCCCGCCACACUAAUGCAGUCCCAUUUACAAGCCUCUGAUCACCGCCAUUAUUGGUAUAUAAAAAUUCCAGUGUAUAUAUACCAUGGAUUACAAUCAAUAUAUACUUAUUAGGAUUUUAUUUUAUCAAAGACAUGUAGCAAAAUUAAACAAAUCUAAACAUUUCUUAAUAUAUUUGGGCCAAAAUGUAUUCUAUUUUUUCAAUUGGCUAUGUUUUAGAACAGUAGAAAAUAUUGAGUUUUUGUUUAUAUUGCAAACAAUAAAAAACCCAGUGGUUAUCCAAUACCACCAAAAUGUGCAAAAACAUAUAUAAAUUUAGUUUGGGUACAGCAUUGCAUGACCGCACAUUUACCAGUAGUGCAGCGCCUAAUAGCAAAAAAUGGCCUGGUCACAUAGGGGGUAAAAAAAAGAAAAGAUUUUGUGGUUAACGAUAAAUCUUGCAGCAUCAUCUGUUUGCCUGCUCCUAGGCAGAACUAUUACAUUUUGAGUUUUUUUUUUUUUUUCCCAACCUUUUACAUAAGGCUGAAAACCAGCACCAACCAUUAACUUCCACACGUGUGCUGGCAUUCAAACAAAAAAUCGGUAAUGGCAACAUUUUGCACUACUUUUGUGAAGUAUAAAUUCCCUAUGUAAUUAGCUCAGCAAUAUUUAUAAAGUUUUUUUUUUUUCUAGGAUUUAUUUAGUCAGAUUUGGUGUCGACUGACUUUUAAAAGAAUGCAAUUUUUGUGCUAUCCA